AUGUCUUUUGCCAUCGGUGAGGAGGCGUGCACGGGGGCGUGCCCCGGAGCACACCUCCGGAGGGACACAGUCUGGCCAAAGUGGUCGGGCCGAGAGACGGACGCCGACUCUGCGCUGGCCGCUUCCGCGGCCGGGCUCGCGCUCCACGCCGUCGUCCUCGACGACUUCAAGUCCUACUCGGGCCGUGUGGUGGCGGAGUUCAACUCGCGGGGCAUCAUUGCGAUCGUCGCCCCGAACGGCGCAGGAAAGAGCUGUCUCGUGGAGGGCAUCUGCUUUGCGCUUGGGCUCGACCUCCGCUCGAUGCGGGCGCAAAAUCUCAAGGCUCUGGUCAACCGCACGGGCCGCGACGACGGCGUCGCUUGUGCCGUCAGCUGCGUCUUCCGCGCACGCAGCGGGGCCGGCGCGCUCUGCGUGCAGAGGCGCGCCAUCGCGCCCGCCGACGGUCCGGCGCGGAGCGAGUUUCGGUGCGAGGUGCGCGUGGCGCGCCGAUCCGAGCUCAAGGCUCUGCUGCUCCGCUCGCUCCAGCUCGACGUCGAUCGGCCAGACACCUUUGUCGUCCAGCAGAGCGCGUGCGCGUCCAUCACGCAGCAGACGCCGCUCGAGCUGCUGCUCUGCUUCAUCGAGGACUUGCGCGGACGGCCCACCUACGUCGAGGCGUCGAGGCCGACCUCUUCCCACCCAGUCAAGAUAUUGUAG